GCCAGCCGUGCCCACGCCGGAGCCUCCUCGCAAGCUCAGCCAUGCCCACGGAGACGGAGCGCUGCAUCGAGUCCCUGCUGGCCGUGUUCCAGCGCUACGCCGGCCGGGAGGGGGACAACUGCACCCUUUCCAAGAGGGAAUUCCUGGCUUUCAUGAACACCGAGCUGGCCGCUUUCACCAAGAACCAGAAGGAUCCAGGGGUGGUGGACAGGAUGAUGAAGAAGCUGGACCUGAACAGCGACGGGCAGCUGGACUUCCAGGAGUUCCUCAACCUCAUCGGGGGCAUUGCCGUGGCCUGUCACAACAGCCUGGUGGUGAAGGCCCCCGGCCCGUAAGGGGAGG